AUUGGGGUAACUUCUUUGAAAGUUUUUUAAGAGUUUACGUUUAAUUUUAGUUUUCUGAGUUUUAUAAUGGUUUUUCUUCGCAUUUUUCGUGCCGCACGUAUGCAUAAAAAAGUAAGUCUCUUAGUCGGAUUUGGAGCCUCGGCAGUUGGUAUAGGUACAGCUUUAGGGUUUUCAUUUGUGACUGCUCGCGAGAGAAAAGUCGACACCUCCAAAUUUAUGGCGGAACCUUUGACAGAAACUCAAACUCUAGAGAACAGCAUGGAUGACAUGAAAAGCAGGAUGGAGGUGAUGAUCCUUGGGGUUCAGGCCGAUAUAUGUCGGAAACUUGCAGCAAUCGAUGGGAACGACUUUCGUGUAGAUCGUUGGCUGAGAAAAGAAGGUGGAGGCGGCAUAAGCUGUGUAUUGCAAGAUGGGAAGGUGUUCGAGAAGGCUGGUGUAAAUGUCUCAGUUGUCUGCGGGAAUUUGCCACCUGCAGCUGUGGAACAGAUGAGAAGUAGGGGUAAUGACCUUCAAGGAAACAAUUUUCCAUUCUUUGCGGCAGGGAUAAGUUCUGUUAUUCAUCCCCGCAAUCCAUUUGUUCCAACCCUUCACUUCAACUAUCGUUACUUUGAAGUCCAAGAGGAGAGUGGCAAGAAACACAGUUGGUUUGGUGGAGGAACUGAUCUUACACCUUAUUACCUAGAUCAAGAGGAUGUAAAGCAUUUUCAUAAGACUUUAAAGGACUUCUGUGAUAAGCAUGACCUAUCCUAUUAUCCUAAAUUCAAGAAGUGGUGUGAUGAUUAUUUUGUUGUGAAGCAUAGAGGGGAAUGUAGAGGUGUGGGCGGCAUAUUCUUUGAUGACCUAGACAAACCCUCACAGGAACAGGUAUUCCAGUUUGUUCAAGCUGGAGCCAAUGCUGUUCUGCCUGGCUAUGUUCCCAUGGUGUUAAAACAUAAAGAUGAUGCAUACACUGAAAGUGAACGACAGUGGCAGUUGUUACGGAGGGGACGAUAUGUGGAAUUUAACUUGGUCUAUGACCGUGGCACCAAGUUUGGUCUGUAUACACCUGGUGCUCGCAUAGAAAGCAUUCUGAUGUCAUUGCCCCUUGAGGCACGCUGGGAGUACAUGCAGGCACCUGAGAAAGGCAGCAGAGAAGACGAACUGCUACAAAUUCUGCAGACUCCUAGAGAUUGGGUUAAAUAAGCAGUAAAUGCAUGUUUUUUUACUCAGGAAGCUACAUCUUGGAGGCAAAUAAUACAAGCUAUGUAGACAGUAAUUCAAUAACUUCUAGAAGCAUUUGACACAUACUGGUAACUUUUCCAUAUAAUGUCAAUCCAGUAACUUGUGAACAGUCCUUCAUUAUCAAUGUUUCAGCAUGAGAGUUUCUCUGCUCCCUCUUUAUUAGUAACAGACCCCCAGGGAACCUUUUACUGACCCAUCUCAGAUCUUCCUUGGGGCGGAGAAACACGUGUCUUGCAGGGCUAAUAGUGAAGGCUGGGCUAAGUAUCCAGUGAACUUUUGAUAAGAGAGCAGAUAAAUAGUUUUGGUUAAAGUAUGUGAAUGGGUCCCUUAAAGGGACACUAAUGUGUGAUUGUUUUAACAAAGUUUACCUGUUGUUUAACAAAACUGUGCCCUAAAUAAUCCUCAUUUAAAUCUGAGCAUUUUUUGUGACCUGUGUCAAGAGGGCUCAAAGCUAGCAGUGGAAAGACAUUUAAUUUGUCAAAUCAACCAUCUUAUACAAAAAGUCUGUGGCCCACUGAUUGUGUUAAACCAUGGUUUGGGUUAGACCUCAUGUAAAUAACAGGCCCUAAAAAUUUAAUUUAAUGCUACAAUAGGAUGGUUUUACACAACAUACUCAGCCUUUCGCUCUGACGAAGUCUUUACAGAGGCCAAUUCACAUACUAUUACUUAGCGAAAAGCUGUUCUUCAUAAAUGUGUAAAAUGAGAUUGCAAUAUUGAGACUUGUGACUGGCAGAGACUACGUAAUAAUUGAAAAUUAACAAAAUCUAAGAUUUACAGUUUUGAAUUUGAAAUACUGUUACUGAUAAAAUGAAUCAUCUAUGAUUUUAAAAUUCAUCUUAAAACUGUCAAAAAUGAAUUGUAUUUUGAAUAAAAAAGCAUACAACAAUAAAUAACGGGCCAUAUGAAAGAA